AUGGAGGAGGAGCAAUUGGUACAGAGCAAUAGCAAUCCUUCAUCUCUGUCGUAUGUCAAGCAGAUGCCUUCAAAGCGCCAAAGAGAAGAAACCCAGAGCUCAAACGAAGAACUCGCUGAGGAGACAAAAUGCCAUAAAUCAUACGAUCAUCUCUAUUCGAAAGACGCCUCUUUCCCUCCAUACCAAUCGCCCUCAAAAGCCGAUGACCACAAGAACCCUGCCGCUAUGACUAACAGCGACUGCAUGGUCAGCAUAGAAGACCACACGACAGUGACUUCUUCCUCGAAAGAAGACGAGGCUUACCAGUACGAUGAUAAGGAGAAAGUCAUCAGGCAUUUGCUCGAAGCUUCUGAUGAUGAGCUUGGGAUUCCGAAUAAACAAAGUGUUUUUGGCGUUGAGUUCGAUGAAGGUUUCCACAAUGGCGGAAAUAGUUUUGCAUUAUGUGAUGGGCUAUGGGAGCUUGAAGAUGAGGCUGCCAAUUACUAUACUUUGUUACAGUCUCAACUGUUCAUGUAG